GAAAGGAAAUGGCAUGUUACUAUACUGUUACCAUUCAGAGGAGGGAUACCUUUUACUCAUUCAUUAUUUCAAGUGAUAUUUUAUUCAUCUUAGAGCCGGACCAUUAUGCAGGAUGGGAAGAGACGGGGUUUUGUGGAGAGCUCUGGGAAGGCAGCUUUUCCCAAAAAACUGCAGUUGACAGUUUUGGAGGAGAAUGCCCAAAACAAGACUGGUAGGUGUGCAAGGUGGAGGGGCCGAUACUGGUCUACUCAAGAGACCCAUGCACGAAAAUAACGGGAACAAGGAGAGGGAACCUUUCAAAACCUCCUACCGCCCCAAAAGGCAACAUAAGGAUGAGCAAAGACAACUGCGCGUUUGAAGUGCGCGUGGAGUUUAAGAAGAAGACGCUUUCGCCCACAUUGAAAGACAAUCGGCUCCUUGAGGAAGAAAUACGCCAGACGUUUGCCUUCAUUGAGGCAAGGACGAGGGCAAAAACACGCACCAGGAAGAUAGCCGCUAAACGCGCUGCUAGACUGACUUCCCAAAAAUAAUCGGAAGGAGAGUCCGAGAACCGUAAAAUACCUCACAUACAAAUUGUGGACGAUGGAUGCAUCGGAGGCAUCGAUGACGGCCAUUCAGUGGAUAGAGUGGGCGGUCGAGAAAGGCAUAAGAGCAAAUACACAGGGAGUGUAUAUCUGGAGCGAGCCAGAGGACGACGGGGUUGAGACGCCGGCCAUCAUGGAGGAGACGCCCGCCAUGCAGGCCGCCAUUUCACCGGCACCCACGUCUGUCAGGUUAAGGUUGUCAGGUUCGUCUAGGCCGUCAUCCAGGGCGUUCGACCUGUCCAGGUCGUCCGACCUGUCCAGGCCGUCUAGGUCGUCGAGAUCGUCCCGAGCGCCCAGGUCGUCGAGUUCGUCAAUGUCGUCCAGAGCGUCUACGUCGUCCAGCUCCCUGUCGAGGUCGUCCAGUUCGGACUCGGAAUACGUCCCGUUUGAGGCCGUCACCUCCGCCUCCUCCGACGAGGAUGUCCCUCUGGUGGCUCCGCCGGUCCCUGUGGUGGCUCGGGUGGUCCCUCUGGUGGCUUUGCCAUCACCCAGGCCUGAGAGGCGAAUGAGAAAUAUGAUUACGGAGGCGGACGAACUUGCCAUAAACAUGGUAUUCGCAGAGGACAUUGUCUCGACGUCCUUGUCAGGCAAGAGUAUAGGCAUCGAAGUCGUGAGACGAAACUACAACCGGGCGACCAUGGGCCGUUUGGGCUUUGAGCAGGUUCGAGCAAAGAUCCGAAACCUGGCCAAGGCUCGUGCAGCUCGCCUGGCGGCAGGCCCUAUGUAGAGCCAUAGUCCGGCUGAUAUUUCUUAUAUGUUUUUUUAUAUGCUUUUAUGUCUUUGUUUAAAUGAAUAUGUAUUAGUAUACAUUGUAAGUACUGGUUCAACCCAGGAAAAUAUUUGAUUAUCUGUAAAUGUUUUUAUAUGCUUUUAUGUCUUUAUUUAAAUGAAUAUGUAUUUGUAUACAUUGUAAGUACUGGUUCAACCCAGGAAAAUACUUGAUUAUUUGUAAAUGUUUUUAUAUGCUUCUAUGUCUUUAUUUAAAUGAAUAUGUAUUAGUAUACAUUGUAAGUACUGGUUCAACCCAGGAAAAUACUUGAUUAUUUGUUAAUGUUUUUAUAUGCUUUUAUGUCUUUAUUUAAAUGAAUAUGUAUUAGUAUACAUUGUAAGUACUGGUUCAACCCAGGAAAAUACUUGAUUAUUUGUAAAUGUUUUUAUGUCUUUAUUUUAAUGAAUAUAUAUUAGUAUGCAUUGUAAGUACUGGUUCUACCCAGGAAAAUACUUGAUUAUUUGUUAAGGUUUGUUAUAUAUGAUUUUAUAUCUUUGUUUAAAUGAAUAUGUAUUAGUAUACAUUGUAGGUACUGAUUCAACCCAGGAAAAUGCUUGAUUUUUUGUUUCCUUUUUAUACAUGAUCAUUGAUAAGUACUGGUUAUAUUUACUACCCAGGAUUUUUGUCUGAAAAUAAAAUAUUAUUACAUAGUUUGUAAUAAUAUAACAGACAGUCACUUGUUGUUGUAUAUUGCCUUGAGCUAAGCGAAAACACUUUUCAAACACAAACGUGCCUUGAGCUAAGCAAAACACUUUGGAAUCAAAAAAUGGACUUGAGCUAAGCCAAAACACUU